ACCUCCAACCCUGGUCCUGAAGAACAGUAUGGAGCUCUUACCCAUCCAUAUUGAUCACUAAUAUAUCUAGCUGUCAUCCAUCAGAUUCCUUUAUUCAUACAGGUGGUGGCUCGGGGUUUAGGACCAGACAGCUUCCCCUUGUGUGUUGCUGGGUCCCUGUUGUGAUGAGGUGGUGUUGCACUGAAUGUCCCCCCCCAUCCUGUGUGUUGCAGGUAAAGAGAUCACCCUGCUGAUGCAGACCCUGAAUACUCUGAGUACACCAGAGGAGAAACUGGCAGGCCUCUGUAAGAAGUAUGCUGAUCUGCUGGAGGAGCAGCGGAACAGUCAGAAGCAAAUGCGGGUCCUACAGAAGAAACAGUCUCAGCUGGUGCAGGAGACAGACCACCUAAAGAAGGAACACAGCAAGGCUAUCCUGGCACGCAGCAAACUGGAGUCACUCUGUAGGGAGCUGCAGAGACACAACCGCACACUCAAGGUUGGCAGGAUUCCCCAAUUGGUGGCACCCAGGCCGAAUUUGGCCCCCGGGUGAUAUUAAUUUGGGCCCCCAAAGUUUACCGAGUUG